UUGGUCCGGGGAUAUUUGCAGCAGCCUGGCGCACAUCCCUCACCUGCCUCAGCUCCUCUCCUCCGAGUCUGUGCUGCACACAUCCUGUUUGAGAGGGAGAGGCGAAGGAGGUAGAGAACCAACAGAACAGACUUCUUAGUCAAAUUUAGUCAACUUUUAUAAACAUUUGUAUUUUAUUUUGAAACACUUUCCUGUCGAUUUUUCCACAGACUGAUGGUAUUUUUUUUUAAAGAUGUAUUUCGACCCUACUUGUGGGAGCUGAAAUGAAGGUGCGCCUGAACGCAACAUUUUUAACGUUGUUCAUAUAGCCUGCGGAUUUUUGUUGGCACCUUAAUUAAGUCUAUAGUUUUAAAGUUGUAGCCUACCUUAACGUCAUUGGAGGCGUUUGGCUGAAGGACGUCAAUCCAGUGCCAAGUUGUUGAACAGGAGAAAGAAGUUCUCCGCUUGAAGUGUUGGAUUUAUGUGAACUAAAACAAGAAGUCGUCACUAAGAAAAUAAUCUGGAGUCCGUGAUGUGCGUUUGAAAGUUUCCCCGAUCCGAAUUAAUUUCGUUCGGACAGGGGGGGACUUUAAUGGAUUUUUUAUGUGGGACCCGCUAGGAUGGACGUGGUAGAUGAAACAGAAGCGUUACAGAGAUUUUUUGAAGGUCAUGAUAUUAUCAGUUCUCUGGAGCCAGCCAACAUCGACACAAGUAUCCUGGAAGAGUACAUCAGCAAGGAGGACGAUAGCACUGACAUCUGUUUCUCAGAGGUCCACAGCACCCCAGGACCAAAUUACUCAUCUCCCCAGGCAGGAGUGUCCUCCUCUGGGGGGUUGGUGUGUGGUGUGAGCCCCCCUAUUCCACUGCGCCAAGGAGCCCCUCCGCCUGGGCCUCCUAACUGUCAGAACGCCUACCCCCCAGGUCCAUCCCUGGGCCUCCGACACAACUACCUCUGCCUGGGACAGCAGCAGCAACACCAGCAGCAGCCACAACAGCAGCAGGCUCACAUCAAGCCAGAGCACAGGGGCCACUACGCUCCAGGGACACUACCUGAGUCCCCCCCAGACUCCAGCUCAGAGCCGUACUCUCCACAGCAGGUGAAUGAUCCUCACAUGAUCCGGACCAUGACACCAGAGAACAUGUGUCACAUGACUCCAACGCCACCCCUCCCACCACACGGGCACUAUCCCAGCAUGCAUCGGGACAUGUACCUGAAGCCUGAGUCAAUGAUAUCACAGUAUCCCAUUGGUCCAGCCACAAGCGGAAGUGGAGACAUGCAGCAAACUCAGAUGCUCCAUCAGCUACUGCAGCAUCCACAGGGGCAGGACAGCAUCCCUGUUCACCAGGCCAAGAAGAGGAAGCACUCUGACUCUCCCAACAGCACCCUCAAUUCCCAAAUCCUCACAGGUAUCAUCAAACAAGAACCAGGAUUAAUGCAGGAUUCAGACAACUCCUACCUGGACCCAAACUAUCAGUGCAUUAAGUGGCAGCCUCACCAGCAGAACAAGUGGACACCACUGUAUGACGCAAACUGCAAAGAGCUUCCAAUGCCAACCUACCGUGUUGAUGCUGACAAGGGCUUCAACUUCUCCUUGGCUGAUGAUGCUUUUGUUUGCCAGAAGAAGAAUCAUUUCCAGGUCACAGUAUACGUAGGCAUGCUGGGAGAUCCCAAGUACAUCAAGACAAGUGAUGGCCUGCAGCCCAUUGACUGUUUCUAUCUCAAACUCAACGGCGUAAAGGUGGAGGCUGUCAAUCAGUCUAUCAGUGUGGAGCAGUCACAGUCUGACCGUAGCAAGAGACCUUUCAAGCCAGUGAUGGUUACCCUGCCCUCAGAGCAGGUCACAAAGGUCACAGUGGGGAGGCUCCACUUCAGCGAGACCACUGCAAAUAACAUGAGGAAGAAGGGCAAGCCAAACCCUGACCAGAGGUAUUUUAUGCUGGUGGUGGCGCUGCAUGCUCAGUCCCACAGUCAGAGCUACACUGUGGCUGCCCAAGCAUCCGAGAGGAUCAUCGUCAGGGUAACGUCUGGCCAUGCAUCCAACCCAGGCCAGUUUGAAAGCGACAGCGAGGUGCUGUGGCAGCGUGGCCAACUGCCAGACUCAGUCUACCACCACGGGAGAGUCGGCAUCAACACCGACCGGCCGGAUGAAGCACUUGUUGUCCAUGGCAACCUGAAGGUCAUGGGCUCUCUGGUACACCCGUCUGACAUCAGGGCCAAAGAAAAUGUCCAGGAGGUCAACACCACAGACAAUUUGAAACGGAUUUCUCAGAUGAGGCUUGUCCAUUAUCAAUACAAGCCUGAGUUUGCUGCCACCGUGGGCAUAGAGAACACUGCAGAGACUGGAGUGAUCGCUCAAGAGGUUCAGCAAAUCUUGCCUGAAGCAGUGAAGGAGGGCGGUGAUGUGGUGUGCGCCAAUGGAGAAACUAUCCCCAACCUGUUAGUGGUCAACAAGGACCUUAUCUUCAUGGAGAACGUGGGAGCGGUGAAGGAGCUGUGUAAGCUCACAGACAACCUGGAGACUCGUAUAGAUGAACUGGAGCGCUGGAGCCGAAAACUGGCCAAGCUACGUCGUCUUGACAGCAUGAAGAGCACCGUGAGUGGAAGUACUGUCAGCCAAUCAGGGAGUUAUUUCAGCAGAACAGGAAGUGGCCCACUCAGGAAGAAGACAGUCAAACCUGGGAGCAAGAAUUCGGCUCCAGAUCAAGGCUGCAUCAGCCAGAGGUUCAUGCAGGGAGCCAUUCUGGCUCUGGUCAUUGUCAUGGCCUUCAGUGUCAUUUCCAUGUCCGUCCUUUAUGUGUUAACUCUUCACCAUAGAGGAGACGUCACAGAGAAAGAUGGCUAUGCUCCUCCCUGUGUUUUCUACAUCUCUUGGAUGCCCAUCUUCACUGCCACAGUAACUUUCUGUCCACCUGUCUGCCCAUGGUCCAGAGCUGCACUGGGAUCCUCACGUAGGAGUCCAUAUACCCCACUGUCCACCACCCCUGCACCAAGUGACUUGUGUUCAACUACAGCCAUAAGCAACCAAUCAGCUAUAGAUUUGAUAUUGAAUAACAACCAAUCCACACCAGAUUUAGGCAGCCUGGUUCCCACACCAGGAACUAUGAUCAAAAAGGCCAAGUCCAGACCAAUGGACAAGGAUGGCCGCAAUAGAAACCGUCUGAGUCACACCUCAGCACCUUUGUACUUUGCCAAGGCUAAAAGGCCUGCACCUACAGACCUGGACGGAGUGGGAGCUACCAACCGUCUGCCCCCAGGUCAGCCGUCAGUGCCACGCAGACAACGCAGCCUACACACAAAGGGAGGAAAGUCAGCUCCCUCUCUGACUAGUCUACAUAUCGUGGAGACAAACCAAGAGAUCACAACACAAAGUUGUGCAACACCAGAAAGCUGCAGCUAUACGGUAUCACUCCAUGGAAAAAGAAAUUCCUCCAUCUCACAAAUCACUUUGCACAUGACGUCCACGAACAGUGUGUGGGUACGACAAUGUGGAGCCACCAAGGGACGUUUAUGCCCCAACCACACAGAGACAGAACUCUAUGGGGGACAGAGUACAUCAACAAAGGGGACUCAUCACCUUUGGUCAGUGUCCAUGCUGUCCUUCCAGGACAUCACCUAUCACUUCCGUGUCUCCCUGUCUAGUGAGACGAGAUGUGCCACAGGAGACACCUCAUCAUACUCUGACUACCAUUUUAUCUUUCAAAGCAGCUGUGUGUGAGAAGGAAGAUGUGUCCCAGUGUUUUUACAAUACACCACAUUUGUGGUUUCAUUUGUAAGAUGUUAUAGGAUAGGAUUUUGUCUUAUUAUUGUACGCUAUUUUUAAAGAUAUUCCUACAAAACAAACUAUAUACCACUGUCCCUGUUACUGUUAUCCUCCACAUGGAUAUGCAUUAGGACAUCUCUUUUUGCUGUGAUGACUGGAGUUUGAAACACUGUUUUUUUUCUGUCACUGAAAUUGCUUUAAAUCACAAUUGACGACUGUGUUGUGUCACUGUUAACUGAUCACAAAGUCCAUACUUAAUACAAGCCAGAAUUACUUUUUAGCAAAAUUCAAGUUUCUAAAUGAAGUCCAGGCUGAGCUACAGUAAAUGCAGCACGCAUUUCUUUCUUUUUUUUAAUACAAAGAAUCUCUAAGUACGAGGAAAUCACUGUCGACUAAAAGCAAAAACACUUUUUAAUAUUUUUAUACACUGGAAAGAAGAUCAUUGGCCCUCUGCUGAAGGCCUCAGUGAAUUGUUACAAUUCUCACUGAAGAUAUACUGUACCUCAGUAGUGCACACUGGCAAAAUCCUGCCCCCCCCCCCCGGGAGGCAGUCGACUUUCUCGUCAUGCAGCAUCUGACUAAACACUGUACAGAGAAGGUAUUACUGUGCAGUAUUGCUGUCUCAAUUGUGACAUUGAGUGAAACAUAAAAUUGUUACAUUAUUUCAUGCAUAUGCAUACUAUGACACAGAAAUUAUUCUUGUUCCAAAAAUGAAGGCAUACAAGUCAAAAUCAUUUCAGCAGAUUCACUGGAAGACAUGCGAUAAGACUGGUAAACAAAGUAAACAAUUCACUGGAACUGAACAUGCAGAAACACUGACAGCUCUUAGCAUCUGAUAGCGAAUGCAACAAGUCCAACACUGACUUUAUUUUAAGAAACACUGGAAUAGCUUACACUGUAAUUGCUAACCGGACAGAAUGCUGGUAAGGCAAUAAAAGGCAUAAAUCAUUUCAGUUGCAUGCCAAAUCAUUUCUUUAAUAUUAUGGCCUACAUCUCCGCUCAGAGGCAACUCAAAUGCUGCUUCAGCUAUGAAAAUUCAUUUUUAAUGGCUCAGUCAUAAAGCUGAGGAGGAGUUGCAUUUAUUUACGCACACUGCAGAGGUAAAAUUAAACACUGGAUAGUUUCAUGUAUUUCUCUGGAUGUUUUGAAUAUUUUUCCUGUGCCUUUACAAUUAAGAAUAUGUAGAAAUAACACUUUGAGUAUAACUGGAUUGUAUGUAUGAUGUUUUCUUCUAUUAUCUUUUCUUGUUUUAAAGCCAUUCUCCACUUAUUCUCCCCACCAUGCUCUUGUUGCGUUUGUCAAAAUUUGUUUUUCAAUUCAUAUUCCAUAUGUGUCUGUAUUCAGAAAGAAAUAAUACAAUAGUGUAUCUUUAAUGUAAAAUCAAUAUUAAAUAGGAAAAACAGCCAUCAGACAAACGUUUAUUGAAUUUAUCAUAUUAAAAGAAUACUGUAAAAUGCUUUUGGUAUUAUGACUUCAGUGGGUAAAGUGUACUAUUUUAGCUUAUUUAUAAUGCACCAGCUAGCAUAAUGAAACCACUGUAGCACUUUUUGCACUGUAUAUAUGAACUGCUUUAGCUCUAUCCAAUGCACCAGACUGUUUUCAUAAACUCUACAUUACAUGUAACUGUAUAGCUUCAUUUUGUUACUACCAAGGCUCCUUUUAUCAUAUGGUUUUUAUAGUUGAUAUUUUUUGGGAUUGUUGUAUUAUCAAUAAUAUAUUAAUGUUUAUGGAGCCAAGAAUGAUUGACACACACACGCCCACACACACACACACACACACACACACACACAGAGCAAUACAUUUCUAAUUGUAGCACCAUUUGUUAGGAGAAAAUUCCAUAACACUAUAAAACUUGUUACUUAGUACUUUAAUAU